AUGAUCAUAAGGGAUGGCAUCAUUCAAUAUGUUGGUCCUGAAGCAAGCGCAGAGGUAGCAGCCGCUAAAGCCGCCGGGGCGACGAUUAAAGAUCUCGGGAAUCAGACUGUUCUCCCUGGAUUCAUCGAUGGGCACCUCCACCUUCUGCUGGUUGGACAGGCUCUCACUAAAGUUGGCUUGGAGGCCUGCAAGAGCUUGGAAGACAUUCGAGCCGAGAUCAAGCGAUAUGCCGAAACCCAUCCAGAUGUGCCUCGUAUCUUUUGUCGCGGCUGGAUGCACUCCAUGACUCCCGAAGGCGUCGAUUCCACUCUGUUGGAUGAUCUAGAUCCAAGGCCGAUUUUCGUUGACACCAAAGACUUGCAUUCGACCUGGUGCAACACGGUAGGGUUAGAGGAGGUACUCCGUGUUAUGGACAUUCCAGAUGAUGCCCCAGAUCCAGCGGGCGGAACUUUCCAGCGAGGAAAAGACGGCAAACUUAAUGGCGUCUUCAACGAAAGCGCCGUGUUCGAAUACAUCUGGCCCUUUACAGCCAAGGUUGCGUCCAUCGAGCAGCGGAAAGAGUCGAUCAAGGCUGCCAUCACAGCGUUCAACUCGGUUGGUUAUACCGGAAUGGUUGACAUGGCCAUGGACGAGACAAUCUGGGAGCCUCUGGUUGCGCUACGAAAUGAAGAGGGCCUGGGUGGCAUGCGAAUUGCCGCGUAUUGGCUCAUGAAGCCCAGCGAUUCUCUCGAGAAUGUGAUCCCUCAGGUUGACCGUGCCAUCGAACUGGCUGGACAGUAUAACUCUCGCAGUACGCCAGAUUGUCGCAUUGUCGGCAUCAAGGUCAUUUGCGACGGGAUCAUUGAUGCAUGUACUGCUUCGCUCACUGAGCCGUACUCAACGGGAAUAAAUCCCGACCCUAUCUGGCCAGAGGAGUUUUUGAAUACCAUUGUAUCCAAGGCCCAUGCAGCAGGACUCCAAGUUGCACUACAUGCAAUUGGUAAUCGGACGAUCCGCAUGGCGAUUGAUGUUCUGGAGAAGAACACAGAUCGCUCGCGCCGUCCCCGCAUCGAGCAUAUCGAGCUUUCCAACGCGGAAGAUGCUGUGCGUUUGGGCAAAUUGGGCAUCACAGCAUCUAUUCAGCCGGUACACUCAGAUCCCGCUAUCCUGCGAGCCUGGCCAAGGCUCAUCGGCGAACACCGAUGCAAGAGGGCAUUCGCCUACCGCGAGUUUGCAGAUGGAGGAGCACCCCUAGCUCUCGGCUCUGACGCGCCUACAGCUCCUCAUUUCCCGAUUCCCAACAUGUAUGUGGCGACGACGAGGAGAUCAUACCGCGAACCCGAAUUGGAGACUGUCGUGAACCCGGAGUUUGCCCUUACAGUGUGUCAGGCUGUCGUGGCAGCAACGCAUGGAUCGGCGUAUUCGACAUUUGCGGAUGAAUGGACAGGAAGCUUGAGGAAGGGUCUUAAGGCGGAUUUCGUGGUGUGCGAUGUUGAACUGAAACCCGAGAGUUUGAUAAGGGGAGUGGUGAAGGAGACAUGGUUUGAAGGAAAUCAGGUUUACAAGGCAGAGUAG